AGACACCGCUUUCUUCUUUUGUCCAUACUUUCCAACGUCACGUCAUCUUUUCUAGACCCUACUGAUUCCCCACAGCCCAUUCGAAGUCCUACCCAUCAGUUUCAGCAAGGCUUGAAUUGCCUAUUCAGUAACAUGGGUGUCUGCACGUAUUAUCAGCGAGGCGCAUGCAAGUUUGGAGAUUCCUGUAAAAACGAACACCCCGGAAGUUCGCGAGAUGCAAACCGUGGGGGAAGUGCCUUUGGCGGUUCAAACAACAACCGCUUUGGCGCCUUCAAUGGGGAUCGCUAUCGUCCUGGCCAAAAUGGCAGUUCCAACACAUUUGGGGGCAACCGUGAUGCGAAAUCGCCAAGCUUUCAUCUAGAUCGGGACGACAUGAAGAACGAUCUCACCACCCAACGGCCAAUCUAUCCCCUGUCUUGCUAUGGCCCAGGACGUGAGGCUCCUCGCCAGCUUAUCGAGGGACCAGUCGAGAUCAGCCCAGAAGAGCUUCGCCUGCGGUAUUAUACUCUACGCACAGCUGGCAAUGAGCCCCAAGCGCAACAAGAAGAAUCUGCUCUCAAUGAAAAGAUGCAGCAGCAAGUGAAAGCAAUCCUCGAUGACAUACCUGGUGCUAUCCGGUAUAUAGAAGAAGGCGCCAACGUUCAUCCGAAUCGGAUUGACAUUGCCAAAGGAAACGCUAAUGCAAGUGACUCAGCCAACACUGCAAAUCCAUCUUCAACCGCAGCCUCAAAUCCAUUUAUGAAAGCGCCUGGAAACCCAUUCCAGACAGCAGCAGCUUCUCAAGGCUCGGCGUUCGGACAGACUUCCACACCAGCCUUCGGUAAACCAGCUUUUGGCCAGCCGUCAAACCCAGCGCAAACCACAUCCGCUUUUGGACAG